UGGUAACUGGCGGCUGCACAGCUAUGGCCAGCCUGCUCCGGCCUGCACCUUGGGGACUGUUCUCCUGGAGGGGCUACUGCUCCAGGGGGACGCAGGGCAGACUCAGCGCGGGCUUUGUGGAGGCUCUGAAGGCAGUUGUGGGGAGCCCCCACGUGUCUACCGCGGCUGUGGUCCGAGAGCAGCACGGGCACGAUGAGUCCAUGCACAGGUGCCAACCUCCGGACGCCGUGGUGUGGCCCCAGAACGUGGAGCAGGUCAGCCAGCUGGCAGCCCUGUGCUACGGCCAAGGCGUUCCCAUCAUCCCCUUCGGCACAGGCUCCGGCCUGGAGGGUGGAGUCUGCGCGGUCCAGGGUGGCGUUUGUGUCAACCUGACCCGUAUGGACCGAAUCCUGGAGCUGAAUCCCGAAGACUUCUCUGUGGUGGUGGAACCCGGCGUCACCCGCAAAGCUCUCAACACCCACCUGCGGGACUGCGGCCUCUGGUUCCCUGUGGACCCAGGUGCAGACGCCUCUCUCUGUGGCAUGGCGGCCACCGGAGCCUCGGGCACCAACUCAGUGCGCUACGGCACCAUGCGCGACAACGUGCUGAACCUGGAGGUGGUGCUGCCCGGCGGACGGCAGCUGCACACCGCGGGCCGCGGCCGGCGCUUCCGGAAGAGCGCAGCCGGCUACAACCUCACCGGGCUCUUUGUGGGCUCCGAGGGAACCCUGGGCCUCAUCACAGCCGCCACCCUGCGCCUGCAUCCUGUCCCUGAGGCCACGGUGGCCGCCACCUGUGCCUUCCCCACUGUCCAGGCGGCGGUGGACAGCACGGUACACAUCCUCCAGGCUGCAGUGCCUGUGGCCCGCAUCGAGUUCCUAGAUGAGGUCAUGAUGGAUGCCUGUAACAGGCACAGCAAGCUGAACUGCUGCGUGGCACCCACUCUCUUCCUCGAGUUCCACGGCUCCGAGCAGGCGCUGGCAGAGCAGGUGCAGCGCACAGAGGAGAUCAUCCGUCAUAAUGGAGGCUCCCACUUCUCCUGGGCCAAGGAGGCGGAGGAGCGCAGCCGCCUCUGGGCAGCCCGGCACAACGCCUGGUAUGCAAGCCUGGCCCUGCGGCCGGGCUGCAAGGGCUAUUCUACCGACGUGUGUGUGCCCAUCUCCCGGCUGCCGGAGAUCCUGGUGCAGACCAAAGAGGACCUGGAGGCCUGGAGACUCACAGGAACCAUCGUCGGGCACGUGGGUGAUGGGAAUUUCCACUGCAUCCUGCUGGUAGACCCCGAGGACCCUGAGGAGCUCCUCAGAGUCCAGGCCUUUGCAGAACAGCUGGGCAGGCACGCACUGGCACUCCACGGCACGUGCACCGGGGAACACGGCAUCGGGCUGGGCAAGCGGCAGCUGCUGCUGGAGGAGGUGGGCGUGGUGGGCAUGGAGACCAUGCGGCAGCUCAAGGCCACACUGGAUCCCCGAGGCCUCAUGAACCCAGGCAAGGUGCUGUGAGGGGCUCUGAGCACCUGACCCACAAGCCCCCCCAGAGAGUGGCACCUCCCGUUCUGGAACCUGUUUUCAAGCCCCCAGACUCUGCAGGGGUCUUCACCAGCUGGAAAGGUCUUCACUUGCCUUUUUAAACGAACCCGGGGCCAGGGGGAGAGAGAGAAGCUUGGACAGGCCGCCGGCUUCUCCCCAGCUCUCUUGCUGUCCUCAGGAGCCUUUGCUUCAAUAAAAUUGCUCGGGGUCAUUCCCCGUGAAGCAG